GGAUGAUGUUUCCUUUUAAUACUCCUUAUAAUUAUUUAUUAAAUUGGGCAUUUGUUUGUUUUGCUAUUCCAUGGCUUUAUAGCUAUUUUAAUGAGCAACACAGAUUGACUACAAUGCCUGUUGAACAGGCAAUGUUGAAAGCCUGGGAGAAUUUUAUUUCCCAACCUUCAAUUAAAUUUCGUAAAGUUAUUGUUGGUAUAAAUUGUAAUGUUGACGUUAUUGUUUCGGGAGUAUCUGUCAUAAAUAAUUUAAAUAUUUCUUCACCUAAUCCUAUUGGUGAUAAAGAAAUGCUUGGAGGAUUUGAGGACCUUUAUGAAGUUUUUGUUCAUUUCUUUACACGCGGAGCCCCUGCUGAGCGUUUUAUGGCUAAUGACUUAACUUUUGACAAAAUUGUUUCUGCAAUAGAAGAUAAUCAAUUACAUGCACAACAUUAUAUUGGGGGAAAUGCUGCACUUAUGGCUCAAAAAAUUGCUUCAGCUUUUCCACAUGCAACGCCUUAUUUAGUUGGACCUAUAGGCCCUCGUAGUCAAGCACUUCUUCAUCCUUCAAUUGUUCGUAAUAAUUUUACAAGAAUUGUUCAAGAUGAAAUGCACGUUAUUUUGGAAUAUAAACAGGGAGAAAUACUUGGAGAAUAUGUUGCCCCAGCAAGUUCUAGAUUUAUUAUUUCACAUGACCAAUUUAGUGGAAGCGCUAUGGUAAUUGAAAUGUUUUUUAAAGCAAUAAUGCAAUUUAGACCUGAUUUAAUUAUAUUUUCUGGUAUUCAUAGUAUGGAAGCACAGAAUCAAGAAGCUCGUCUGGAAAAACUACGCCUUAUUAAACGUUCGCUUCUCCAAAUAAAUCCUCUCAUUCCAAUACAUUUACAAUUGGGAAGUAUGCCUGAUGCUAAUAUUGCCGAUGAUAUUUUGAAAAGAGCAGUAGAAAUGCUUUAUUGGUUACUUUCAAAUUAUGGACAUGAUAGAAAUAAUCCAGAAAGUAAAAAUUAUAAUCAACGUCUUCAACGAAUCCAUUUCUAUUCCCUCACUUAUCACAUUAUGGUUAGUAAAGGCCCAGAUUGGUCGAAUUUGGCAGCAGGUUUAGCUGCAGGUGCUCGAUUAGCUGGUCGUCAAUCUUGUAAUUUGGCAUUGUCUUCUGGUAGAGCAACUGAUUUUGAUAAAUUAGAAAUUCGUUCAAGUCAAACUGUUUUAUUAGACAAACAAGUCAAUAAAGUAUUUAAAUUUAAUCCGCACAGUCCACUUGCCUCGUGGAUGCGCGGUGACCUUGUAUUUAUUUACACUCCUGUUUUUGUUUGUAAAUUUCCUCAACAUACUGUUGGAGUAGAUGAUGCAAUUGCUGCUUCUGCCCUUCUUUAUUCACAAUUUUUUAAAUUAGAGAGGAAAAAUUGGUAA